CGGGCCACUGUGUCGUGUCCCCGGUCCCGUAGGCGGCGGCGGCAGCGGCGGCGCGGGGCCGCGCGCACUCGAGCCCGCGGGAGGCACCAUGUCCCCGGGGAGCGGGGUGAAGAGCGAGUACAUGAAGCGCUACCGGGAGCCGCGCUGGGACGAGUACGGGCCGUGCUACCGGGAGCUGCUGCACUACCGCCUGGGCCGCCGGCUGCUGGAGCAGGCGCACGCGCCCUGGCUCUGGGACGACUGGGGCCCGGCCGGCGCCUCGGACGACUCGGCGUCGUCGGCGUCGUCGGGCGCCGGGGGCCCCGCGCCGCAGCACGCCCCCGCCUCGCCGCCGCCGCCCGCCGAGCCCGCGGCGCGGGAGGGGUCGGAGCGGCGGGCGCGCGGGCCGGCGGAGGAGCGGGGCGCGGAGGCGGCGGGGGCCGGGGAGGCCCGGGACGCGGAGAGCGCGGAGGAGGCGGCGGACGCGGCUCUGCCAGCACUGCCAGCGAAAGACGUAAAAGAAAAACCUGAACAACAGGCCAGGACGAAAGAGACUGACAAAUUACCCAGCAGCACCGAACCUCGACAGCAACCAAGUGCCUUAUUUGCUAGAGGAAAUAGGAAAGCAGCCAAAAGUCCUCAAAGAUCAUCCACUAAAAUAAAGGAGAAGAAGCAUCCGUUUGCUCUUUAUGGGUGGGGAGAAAAACAGACCGAUACCGGAAGCCAAAAAACUCACAACGUCUGUGCGUCUGCCCCUGUGCAUGAGAUUCAUGAAUCAGCAUUACGAGCCAAGAACAGAAGACAAGUGGAAAAAAGGAAACUGGUUGCUCAGAGGCAGCGUGCUCACUCUGUAGAUGUGGAGAAAAACAGAAAGAUAAAGCCUUCCCCCUCAGAGAACCCCUGGAUGACAGAAUAUAUGCGAUGCUAUUCUGCACGAGCUUAAAGGCCAAAACCGUUGCUUGGACAGCUUCUUCAAAAGAGUGUAAAUGAGAGACAGAAGAAACCAAACAGAAGAAAAACCAUUAAAGGAAAACAGACACAAGUUUAAGAAACCACCUGAUUAUGCAAGGUUUCUCCUAGGGAAUUUCCAAAAGAUUGCUCUAUUUCGAUGAACCCUGGUCACCUACCUCAGCAGUAGGGCGACAGUUGAAGCCAUAGACACUUGGUUAUUUAUGAAGAUAAGUCCCUAAUAUUUGAUAUUCUUAUAAAGGUUUUUGUUUUAAAGCAUCUUAAUCUUUUCAGAUACGACACCGAAUGCCUUUAAAUGGCUAUUGAUUCUUCAUAUUCAGUAUUCUCUAUCAGUUUAGCCGGAGCCUGUUUUCAUCCCGUUCUGAAUAACUUUCCAGAAUUCCAGAGUGAGGAAGAUCCUUCCAACUUGCAGCUUAAGACUCAUUUUCCUUACGUAUAGUUUUCUUUGUGAAAGACUAGCUCAUCAAAAGUGAGUGUCAACACCAAUAUCGAUUCCCUGUGUGGUGAAACCAGAACUUCGGUAGUUCCUGAAAAACUAAACUUCCUUGUAUUUCAAUUUCGGCACCACUCUAUGCAGACUGUGAUAUUUAAGCAUUAGCUGGGCGAGGGUCCUCUGUUCUCUUUAAAUUGUCAUCUAGGCACUUUCUAUUUCUUACAUAUUUUAAUAGAUCAAAUGCAUUCCAAUAAACAAAGUGCCAGUGUAGUGUG